GAGGAGCGGGAUGCCGGGACUCUCCUGAGGAGAUCUGCAGAUUGUACAGGAAGGCAGUAGAGAACACGGAUGUACGUGAUACGUCACGCCUGGCGGGAACUGAGGCGGUCUGUUUGGCAGGCCUGCAGACGACACCAGGCAUGAUGAUAUCUGAGGCACUCCCGCCAUUCAGCUGAGGGGACUGCGUGUUUGUCUUGUAGAGGCUGUUCAACUUGCUGUUUACGCGCUAUGUUGGUGUGGUGGGGGUCCAACAUGUCGGUUCUAACGGUCGCGGUCAUCGUCUGUUCUAUGGUGGACGUAGGACUAUCGCAAACGGGGGCAAGUGAGCGGCUCAUGUCCGACCUUUUUGACGUUUAUCACAAGUUUCCCCGGCCCGUGAAGAACAUUACGGACAAAGUCACCGUCAACUUUGGAAUUUCUUUAUCUCAACUUAUUGAUAUGGACGAAAAGAACCAGGUUCUGACGACCAGCGUGUGGCUGAAGCAGCGGUGGGACGACUACAAGCUGACGUGGAACCCUGACGAGUACGACGGCGUCAAGUACCUCAAGGUCCCGUCGGACAUGAUCUGGGUUCCCGAUGUGCUCCUGUACAACAACGCUGACGGCCGCUUCGACGUGUCUUCCUAUACAUGGGCGAAAGUUUUCUUUAACGGAACGGUGGAGUGGAUUCCCGCCGGCAUCUACAAGUCCUACUGCUACAUCGACGUCACAAACUUCCCGUUCGACAGGCAGACCUGCAAAAUGAAGUUCGGCACCUGGACGUACGACUUCACCCUGAUCGACAUGAAACCGCUGGACGAACAGAUCGACUUGUCGAACUUCAGGGAAAGCGGAGAGUUUACCGUUGUGGACACGCCGCUUGUGAGGAGCGUGGUGGAGUACGCGUGCUGUCCUCCGUACGUGGACAUCACGGCGUACAUCGUCAUAGACAGGCUGCCACUCUUCUUCACCGUGAACUUGGUGAUUCCGUGUUUGAUUUUCACGUUUUUAGCCAUCCUGGUGUUUUAUUUACCGGUGGAUGCCGGGGAGAAGGUGGGCCUGGCCAUCACGAUUCUGCUGUCUCUGUCUGUGUUCCUCCUGGUGAUCUUCACUAUUAUCCCCGCCACAUCGUUCGCGAUCCCGCUACUGGCCAAGUACCUGCUGUUCACUAACGUAGUGUGUACUAUAUCCGUCAUCAUCACCUGCGUGGUGCUACACCUGCAUCAUCGCACGGACGAGAUGCCCAGGUGGGGCAAACGGGUGUUCCUGCACAUCCUGCCGAAACUGCUGCGGAUGGGCCGCCCGGACGACGGCGAGGCGGACUCGGUGCGGGACGACGACGUGCGCGGCUCGGACCUGGGCGGGGGGAACAUGCUACGGUCCCGCCACAGGAGGGAGCGGGGCGGCGUGCCUGACAGCCUCAUGGCCGAACUGGACCCGGCUGUCAAAGGGGUGGAAUAUAUAGCCGAGCACGUCAAGGGCGAGAUAGAGGGUGGACAGGUGGCAGAUGACUGGAAGUACGCCGCCAUGGUUGUGGACCGCAUCAGCAUGUACAUGUUCAUCAUUCUUUGCGGCAUCGGCGUGUUGGCGACCUUCCUCCCGCCCUUCGUGUAUGGGCCGCCCGAGCCGGAGAUCCCGCCAUCUCAGGUUGGAGGACCACCAACAGCGUAAGGUCUCUGUGCCAUCAUGGUCUGGAAAACAUGAGAAAAAAAUGUGUCAUACUUGUGAAAGGCUGAGCUGGAACUUACGAACCAUCAACUGGGAGUUGGAACUUUCACUGGGAGUCACCUAAUGUGUGGUCGUACCUACGUCAAUGGUCAAACGAAGAUUCCUGUGACAUUUUGGUCUGGAAAACAUGAGAAAAGUUGUGCCAUACUUGUAGAAGGCAGAGUUGGAACUUUAACUGGGAGUCAUGUAAAGUUUGGCCGUAUCCACGUCAAUGGUCAAACAAAGGUUCCUGUGGCACCAUGAGAAAAAAAAAACGUCAUACUUGUCGAAGACAGAGUUGAAACUUUAACUGGGAGUCACCCAAUGAUUGGUCAUCUCAGGAAGGAGGGCUGCAAGGUCCCUGUGAGAUUAUGGUCUGGAAAACAUAAGAAAAAAAUGCCAUACUUGUGGAAAGCAGAGUUGGAACUUGCGACCCAUCAUUCAUCAACUGGAAGUCACUUUAUGUUUGACCGUACUUACGUCCAUGGUUAAACGAAAAUCUGUGACUCAUGCUUGUGGUCAGCAGAGUCAGCAAACUUGUGACCUAGCACAGUUGAACCGAUUGCUCAGUGACGUUAGGAUGUGGAAAAGACGGGAAACGAUUUCUUGCAAAGCAGAAGUGGAAAGCAGAGCUGAACCUGACGAACCAUGAUUUACGAAUUGCCGAAUGUUUAGCCGUACCAAUGGCCAUAUUGAAAAGAAAAUCUCUGAGAAUUGUAUAGAGCAGAAUUGAAACUUGCCACCCAGCACGAGUUGACAGGGAAUCACAAAAUGUCAUCCCAAGCCUUUGACCUUCGCCAAGAGAAUAUUGCGACUGUAUCGAACACGUGGUUUUACGGACACGUGACUCAACGGCUCAGUGACGUCAUGAUAUAAAAACACGAAACAAAAGAAGAAGUUUUCGACACAGAAACUGAUUCACCAAAUGUGAUGUGAGGCUAUGACUACUGCCUUCUUCAAAAUGAAUGACCCAAUCACAGAGGACACGUGACCGGAGUGGGUCAAUGGUGACGGCCUGUUGUUGUCAUGGUUACGGUGCUGAGGCCAAGACGCGAUGUUAAGGAAGUCUUGGAAUCUAUACACCUUCAACGAGGCAUCACUACGUGCCAUGCAAGGUCCCUCGACACGAAUGCAAGAAUACAAGCGACUUUACUAGGGUGAAUGCAUUGAAGCUUCAUCUAAAAGACGACUGAGUAUUUCACCGGUUUGUGUUUUUAUCACAGGAUUGAAGUUUGAUCCUCACCAAAGAUUUUAGCAAUAUUCUUUCUGAUCACUGAACUCAUACAAUUGAGACAAUAAGGCUGGUUUUAUUUUAUUUUGUAUUUUGUCGAUUGUUGGUGGGUUACGUGUAAGAGGUCGCAAACGAAGCAAAAUACUUGGAGAAAUGUUAUAAAACAGAUUUUCGAGAGCUUCGAGUGUGAUGUUGUUAUAUGAAAUGGAGGGAAAGGGCUAUGCAAGAUAGGAAUGAUACAGCAAGUACAUUGUUUUUUUUGUCUGAAACCAAAGAACAAGAAAAAUUAUAGACGUCGGUUCAGGAUAAAUGAGCAAAAAUCAAUGUAUUUCGUAAAAUUUAAUGAACACAGAGCGAAGACCUCUUGAACUUUACUUUAAACUAUAUCUUUUCACUAAAAUACGAUGAGUUUUAUCUAACUUGAUACAUUGUAUCUGUUUACACGGAUUGAGUUAUUUGAUACUUAAUCUGAUACUUAUAUUUUCAACGAAAGCCUCCAAACUGCUACAGAUUUUUUUAUCUUUAAAUCUGAACAAGAGAAUAAAUCAUAUGUUCAGAAAUGCCUUUAUAAAGUGACCUGAUAAACCUCGGAAUAUUUGAUGUGUAUAAAUCCUUUGUUGAAUAUAGUCUGACAUAUAACAUCAUAUGUUAGUGUUAUAUAUGUUAGUAUAUGACAUCAAUUGUUAUAUGCCAACUUUGUACAAAACAAUAAAUGUUUUUACUCAAUAUAU